UAUCUGUCAAUCAAUUUUGUUUAGAGGUGACAGAGUUUUAUAGCGGAAAAUUGGAAAGAAAGAUUUAGAGAAAAUGCUCAGAAAGAAAAGAAUAUCUUAUAAUAAGCCUUGCGAAGAACUGGAAUGUAUACCGACAACACUUACAACAUCUAAAGCUUUCAAGACAUUAUUCGCUUUAGACAAGCAAGUAACAAGGAAUAUAAGGAGCAGUCAUAUCGAAACGAGACCGGUGGAUAGCAAUGGCUUGUGGUGUUGCGCGCUUAUUCCAGCAAUCCUUAUAUCAUAUAGUGUGGCAUAUAAAGUAUCUCCUCUGUACAAACUCGUAGCAUUCCUCGGUUUUGGCCUGUUGUGCUACAGUAUACUCUUCUCCCUGUUCCUUUACAUGUCUACUUUGAUACUCUACUCAAAGUUGAAUGCCGGGUGCAUAGUCUCAAUGUUAUUAUCCACCGUGCCAAUAUAUGUCUACACAGAUUUUGGUUUAGCAAUGGCAUUGGUGUUUUCUGUACUAGCAGUAUAUCCAUACAGCAUGUUGUUAAAGUUGGCCCUGGUGCAAUGUCCUCGGACCUUCACAGUGGGGGAGGCAAUGAUCAUGUGCCAGAGCGUAGUUCUCUUUAUAGUUACGGGUGUAGCUAUUUACUAUACGGAAUUUGUGACACCAGAACUCUUGGCGAAAGACAAUGAAAUGACAUUCAUUGCAAUAUAUGUAUAUACAGUGUUAUCAACAGUCGGAUUGAUUGUUACAGCAUUGUAUUUCUUGCAAGAUGAAGAUAAAAAUUUGAAAGUCUUGGGAAUUAUCUUUGCUUUUGGUGCUGUAUUUGCACUUACAGUGCUGCAUUUGUGUCUUGGUAAGACAUGUUUGCCAGACUUUGUGUAUUACAUCAUUGGUUCGCAAGUAAGACUGCAUCUGUUCACAAUGUGGUCUGUUCUGGUGGUUUUAACGGUGCUGGUUCUGAUGUACCACACGGAGGCGGGGGACAAGGCUACGACAUCUGCACGCAAGGCGUACCACAUCCUUGGGGCUCUGGUGUUCCUCACUGGAAUCCUGAACGAUGUGCCCUUUAUGGUACUCGCUUCUGGUAUCUCAGCUGGGAUUAUUAUACUUCUUGAGGCGUUAAGAUUAUCCCGCAUUGAACCGAUUUCGGCAGCUCUGCAAGCAGCUUUCGACAUUUACUGCGAUGAAAAGGAUUGCGGCGUGCUAGCGAUGACGCCCAUCUACCUGUACUUCGGGCUGGCGUGUCCAUUGGCGCUGGUGCCGUGGAGGGGCUCCAAGAUGGAGCUCGAGCUGAUGAGUGGAGUACUAGCUACGGGCAUCGGAGACACCGCCGCGAGCUGGUUCGGUCAUCGCUACGGAGUCAAUUACUGGCCCGGCAGCAGCAGAACUAUGGAGGGAACAGCUUUCAAUGUCGGCUUACAAAUGGUGGCUGUCUACUUCUUACAUUUGUUUGAAUGGUUGGACGCGCCGCACUGGGUGGUGCGCACGGGGGUGGCGGCGGCGGUGUCAGCGCUGGUGGAGGCGCAGACGCAGCAGGUGGACAACGUGGUGCUGCCGCUCGUCAGCCUGCUCGCCCUCCAGGCCACCAGCUUCCUCGCGUGACCGCGCUUAAGAGCCUCGUACAUUUGAUGGUUCCAGUUUUGUCCCAAUUGUAACCGCAGCUUGGAGACCGUUUAAGGGUGUUAGUGACACCAUACAGAAAGGGAGGUCCAUGUUUUAAAAAAAGACAAAAUAGAACUAAUGGGAAAAGCAAAGUCUUAUUAUUCAGUAAGUAUAUUGGGAAGGAAAAUCCCAGUAGUUUAACUAGUAAGACUACUGGGAAUAGCGGGAAAUUUCUCAUCUCAUUCAAAAAACUCAUCAAAAAGUUAGUGUUUUUAAAUAUUUUUGAGUUACAUUGCAGUAACUCAGAAUCAUGAGCUGAAUCAUCCCCCUCAGUAUUCUGUGCGGACAGUGUCACUAACAUCCUAUUUAUUAUUACCUAGUUCAUUAUAAUAUUAAAUACCGUCUAGCGGUUGAAUAUGAUGGAACCAUGUUUAUUGGGGAUAAAGGAACUGACUGACUCCAAGAUAUAUUACCCGAUGCCAUUGGUUCAUUUGUCGCGUCACGUGAUAUGCAGGCUCCAUGCUACGGCUACUGGACUAAAUAAAAAAAACUAGUUUCUACAAACUUUAUCUCGAAGGGCGAACACUAUUAGAAACAGGGGUUGUACAAAUGUUUUCCAGUUAUAUUCAAAUUCAAAAAUAUCUUUAUUCAGUAGGUAACAUAGUUACACUUUGAAUCGUCAAUUUUUACAUAACGAACGUCUCAUCCGCCUAAAACUACUGCAGCUUCUCACAACGUGUAUAGCCGGGGAAAAGAAGCUGCAAGAAAAUCUCGGCCCUAGACGUUCUUUAAAAAAGUAAAAAUAAACAUAAAAUACAAUUGAGUAAUUUAGCUGCCUAAUAUCAGUUCUUGCCAAAGUAAAAUAUUUUGUGCCAUCUAUUAUUUUCCAUUUUUUUAUACUUUACAAUGGAUUAACUGUUAUUUGUGUUGUUUGGAUAUGAUAAUGUACUUAUUUUACUAUAUUUCCAACACUAUUUGGGAUUGAAUACAUUCCAUGUAUGUGAUUUUGCGAGUACUUUUUUAUAUAAUAAAAUUUAUAGAAUAUUGCCACGCCAAAGAGUACUAUAACGUGAAAUAAUGUAAAUAAGAAAAUGUAAUUUAUUGAAAUAUUAAA